AUGCUAAAAUGUUAUAUUGAUUUAUUAUGUCGUUUAUGCUAUACAGUUCAAACAAUUGAUGGACAUUGUUGUACAGUGGCUGAAGGUGUACUUGAUCCAUCAUUAGUUGAAUUAUUUUCAUCAAUUAUUGAAGAAACAACAGUUAUGAAUUCUGUUCGUACACAAGCACAACAAGCAAGCUUAACAGAUACAAAAGCUGUUGCUUGGGAAUUUUUUCUUCUCAUUAUUAUUUUAAUUGUUUAUCCAAUCGGUAAACAACCAUUUCAGGAUUGUAAGAAAUUACCACAUAUUAAUAAUCAUAUAUUUACGAAAUUUGUUGAAAGAUUUGUAAAACAAAUCAAUGAAAAAUCAUCAAAUGUUCAUGAAAAUCAUUGUGAUGUUCAACGUCUUCUCGAACAAAUUCAAUAUCAACAUAAAACAUCAAUUAAAUUAGAAAAAGAAUGA